AUGCCCGAGUCUGGAGAGACAGGUCCGGCGUUUACCCAACCCCACACCAGUGCUUUUCGGCGGUAUCGAUCGGAAGUGGCCCAGUGGCGAUGGUGGGUUGGCGCUCGGUUAGAUGAGUGCAUGCGCUACCACCACGACCGCAACAGCGACGCGAGCCCCUGUGCCGGAGUCGGUUCGCGGCUGGCCGCACUCAAUUGGUCAGCUUGGGUGCAUCUGGGUGAACCGGUUUACGCUGGCGGGUAUCGACUACUGCCCCGGAAUUCACACAACUCUUUCGGAUCGCGGCCUUUAGGUGGAGCACUGACCACGGUGCAGCCUCGCAUGAUUGGCUGUUGCGCGGACGCGCACUUGUGA